AUGCUGGGUGAGGCUGCUGUGCCCGGGCAUUUCCAGCAGGUGACAGGGGUGGGACAGUGCCCCGUGACGCCGGCAUUUCCAGCAGAGCUGGACAGGGCCCUGACUGAGCCCCAGAUCCAGGUGAUCUGCCGCCAGAUGUUGGAAGCUCUGCACUACCUGCACAGCAAGAGGAUCAUCCACAGGGACCUGAAGGCUGGCAACGUGCUCCUCACCCAGGAUGGGGACAUCAAGCUGGCUGACUUUGGGGUGUCUGCCAAGAACAUGAAAACCCUGCAGAAGCGAGAUUCCUUCAUUGGGACCCCUUACUGGAUGGCCCCGGAGGUGGUGAUGUGUGAGACCAUGAAGGACACUCCCUACGACUACAAGGCUGACAUCUGGUCCCUGGGCAUCACCCUGAUCGAGAUGGCCCAGAUUGAGCCGCCCCACCAUGAGCUGAACCCCAUGAGGGUCCUGCUGAAGAUCGCCAAGUCCGACCCGCCCACGCUCAGCUGCCCCUCCAAAUGGUCCCUGGAGUUCAGAGAUUUCCUGAAGAAGGCGCUGGACAAGAACCCAGAGACCCGGCCCAGUGCUGCCCAGCUGCUGGAGCAUCCCUUUGUCAGCAAGGUCACCAGCAACAGGGCCCUGCGGGAGCUGGUGGCCGAGGCCAAGGCUGAGGUGAUGGAGGAGAUCGAGGACAGUCGGGAUGAAGCAGAGGAGGACGACUCCUCGGAGUCUGCCUCGCCCCCUGGGAAGCACAAGAGGGACCCCUCUGAGGUGAGCCAGCUGAGCUUUGAUGGGGAGAAACCUCCAGACUCAUCCUUGCCCAAAGCCCUGAACGGCUCCAUGGGCACUGGCAAGGACACCACAGAGAGCCAGAGCCACAAAGCCUCAGACAAAGGGGUGAGCAGUGACAGUGACAAACUGGAGAGCAACCACUCCACAAAACCCAGCUCGGCCUCCUCGGCCACCCAGGACAAGCCGGACAUCAUCCUGCAGCCAGGACAUUUGAGAAACUCAACGGAGGGGAGCAAGGAGCCCAGGCUGGGCAGGGAGGAGAGGAAGAGCAUCGUGGAGAGGAAGAGCAUUGGGGAGGGGAAGACCUUGAGGAAGAGGAAGAGUAUCGAGGAGAGGAAGAGCAUCGGGGAAGGGAAGAACAUCGAGGAGAGGAAGAGCCUUGGAGAGAGGAAGAGCAUGGGGGAGAGGAAGAGCAUGGUGGAGCGACCAGAGAGCGUUUUCCUGGAGAACUUCGGCGAGGAGAAGCUGGCCAAUGGAAGCCUGGAGCCCCUGGGGCCAUUCCCCCGCUCCAAAAGGGACUCAGAUUCCGGCAGCACUUCGGCCUCCGAGAGCAUGGACCUCACCAUCUCCUUGUCUGCUGACCUGUCCCUCAACAGGGAGAGCGGCUCCAUCUCCCUCAAGGACUCGCGGCUGCAGAAGAAGACCCUGAAACGCACCCGCAAGUUCGUGGUGGACGGCGUGGAGGUGAGCGUCACCACCUCCAAGAUCAUCAGCGAGGACGAGAAGAAGGAUGAAGAAAUGAGGUUCCUCAGGCGCCAGGAGCUGCGCGAGCUGCGUCUGCUGCAGAAGGAGGAGCACAGGAACCAGGCCCAGCUGAACAGCAAACACCAGCUGCAGCAGGAGCAGAUGCUGCGGCGCUUCGAGCAGGAGAUGAUGGCAAAGAAGAAGUUCUACGACACAGAGCUGGAGAACCUGGAGAGGCAACAGAAGCAGCAGAUCGAGAGGAUGGAGCAGGAGCACGGGCUGCGGCGGCGCGAGGAGGCCAAGCGCAUCCGCCUGGAGCAGGAGCGCGACCACGCGCGCUUCCUGGAGCAGCUCAAGCAGAUGAAGAAGGAGGUGAAGAACGAGAUUGAGAAGCUGCCACGGCAGCAGCGCAAAGGGAACCUGAAGGCGAAGAUGGACGACUUCUCCCAGAAAAAACAAACCAUGGAACAGGAGUUUUUGGCCAAGCAGAAGGAGGACCUGGAGCAGGCCAUGAAGAACAUCAUUUCCCAGAACAAAAGAGAGAUCUGUGACAAGGAGCGUGAGUGCCUCAACAAGAAGCAGCAGCUGAUGAGAGACCGGGAAGCUUCCAUCUGGGAUCUGGAGGAGCGUCAGCAGCAGGAGAAGCACCAGCUCAUCAAGCAGCAGCUGAAGGACCAGUAUUUCCUCCAGAGGCACGAGCUGCUCAGGAAGCAUGAGAAGGAGAGGGAGCAGAUGCAGCGCUACAACCAGCGCAUGCUGGAGCAGCUGAAGGUGAGGCAGCAGCAGGAGAGGGCCCGGCUGCCCAAAAUCCAGCGCAGCGAGGGCAAGACCCGCAUGGCCAUGUACAAGAAGAGCCUCCACAUCCACUCCAGCGGCAGCGCCUCCGAGCAGAGGGAGAAGAUCAAACAGUUUGCCCUGCAGGAGGAGAAGAGGCAGAAGGCAGAGCGGCUGCACCAGCAGCAGAAGCACGAGUCGCAGAUGAAGGACAUGCAGGCCCAGUGUGAGAGCAACACCAACGAGCUCCAGCACCUCCAGAAUGAGAAGUGUCACCUCCUGAUCGAGCACGAAACGCAGAAGCUGAAGUCCCUGGAUGAGAGCCACAACCAGCACAUGAAGGAGUGGAGGGACAAGCUGAGACCACGGAAGAAGGCCCUGGAGGAUGAGCUGAACCAGAAGAAGCGUGAGCAGGAGAUGUUCUUCAAGCUGAGCGAGGAGGCCGAUGGACAGGUGCCGGUGUCACCGACCAAACACGCCAAGUUCGUCCCCUUCAGCUCCUCAGAAAGCUUGUAACACCUGGCAGGCCACCAGCUGGGACUGGCCGUGUCCUCCUGGGCUGCAGGGGACAGCUUGGACUGGGAAGAGCCUCUCACAGCCCCUUAUCACCACAGCCUGGGAUAAACGUGUUCUCUGCACUGAGGGACGCUGGCUGGAACUUGGGGUGGCUGUCCCAGGAGCUCCAGGCUGGGAUUUGGGGCAGGAGCCUCUCUGGAUUGCACUUGCACUGAUGGCUGGAUGCUUCCUGGGUGAGCCUGGUGCUCCCUGGGUUUGUCAGCUCAGACUGGAGCAGUGACCACUCUGACCAGGAGAAACAGCCCCUCGGGGCAGGGCUGUCACCUCCCUCUCCACCUUGGCUGCUCCUGUCCCCGGCCUGGCCUGGGGCACAGCAGCUCUGGCAUUGUCUUAAACAAACCCUGGCCUUCGACUUACCCCUCUCCACCACGGCCCUUUUAUUGCCACAGAGGGACAGAGAUUUGGGGUUUUUUUUGCCUUGGGAGAGCUGGGUUUUUUCUUUCCUCCUGCUCCCCACACGGCCUGUGCAGAAAAGGGCUGGAUGUCCUCCCAAAGAUGCUCCUGCCCUUCCUUUGCUGUGACCAGUGGCACUGAAAUAAACACCCCAGCCCCUCUGGCACUAACUCUGUUCUCAGAGGCUGGUUUGGGCUGGUUGCAAUGCCCAGCUGGCUGUAGGCUCUUGAGGCAGUGCAGGUGCAGAGGGGACACUGGGGACAGCGCUCAGUCCUGCGGUGACACGGUGACUGUCACUGUCAUGUGCCUUGGGGAUGAGUGGGGCUGAAGGGUGUUACAGCCAGAGCUCUCAUGAUCACACAGCUCCUUGAGGCUGGGUUUUCAGUCUGUCCUGUGUGGGGCUCUGGGUCAGGCAGCCUGGCCAGCGGGGAUGGCUGCAGAGCAUCACUGGGGAGGAGCAGUGGGACAAGGGAAGAGGAGAUGCAAACGGGGCUUGUUGCUCCCGGCACCUCCUUGUCCGCUGAUGUCUCGUCUCCCUGUGAUGUGCCACAGCUUUUUGGAUGGUUCUCCUGGCUGGGAGUCAUGGCAGAGGGGCAGAGCAGGUCCUCUGUCCUUUCUGUCCCCUCCUGGGGCACAAGGCAGGGCUUGGCUGAGCUGCUGGGUGGGACUGGGAGCACAGAGCUGGGGAGGGGUCAGGGACCCCACCGGCAGCACCUUCUUCUUUACACAACCCAAAGGUGUAAGGCAGCACUUAAGUAUUAUUUUCUGGACAACGUUGUUUGUUUUAGACCUCUUUCAUUAGCAAGAAAAAAAUAUUCCUGCUUAAAAAAAAAAAAGAAAAUAUAAGAAACAAAUUGUUAUUUUCAAGUCCCCUCUGUUGAUUCACUGGCAUUUCAGGGAAGGGUGGUAUGUGAUGUGCCUCACUUCUAGGUACUGGGCUGAAGGAGGCAGCCCCCAGGUCUUUGGAUCUGGGGAGUGCAUUUCCUACCCUUUUAGAGCCCCUAAUCCAUAUUUAUAAACUUCCUGCAGGCUGGCAAGGCUCUGUCUCUUUGGGCCAUCCCAGGUCACCUCUGAUUUCACAGCAGUGAUGUCUCUGUUAGUGAGCACAGGAAGGGUUCCUGCCCCACCUCCAAAACGUGGAUUGUGCCUUCCAGAUGUGCUAACACCUGGCUGGGAGCUGAUGGAAGGUUAAUGAAUGCCAAGGGAUGUUCCUAAAUGGGACAAGGGCUGGCUGGAGACUGUAUUCUGUGUUCUCUCCCUGGGUGUGCCAGGCUCCAGUACCCUGUCCCUCACCUGGAAGAGGGGCACAUCAUCUGCUGUCAUGUUUACAGCAUGGUUAUCAUUCUCCCUCCUUUCAAAAGAGGAUUUUUUUGUUGUUCCCUGUUCAGAAGGAACCACAAUUAAACCCAGCUUGCUUUUCAGGGGUGGAUGGGACACGAUUUUAAAAAUUGUGGCUUCGAAUAAAAAGGGUUUUUUUAAUAUUUUGUAAAAUAUCUUCAGUGGGGCUACCACCAUGAUGU